GACAGCUGUCGACGAGUUAUUUGACUGUCAAAGUGACAGACCUUCUCAUAACCUCUUUUUCGGCGAGCCGUGUUGUGUGCAGCUCGCCAUCAUGGUGAACAACCGUGUGCCGUCAGUCUUCUCAAAGACAUACGUGACGCCCCGUCGUCCCUUCGAAAAGGCGCGUCUCGACCAGGAGUUGAAGAUCAUCGGUGAAUAUGGUCUGAGGAACAAGCGUGAGGUCUGGAGGGUCAAGUACACGCUGGCCAGGAUCCGUAAGGCCGCCCGUGAGUUGCUCACCCUUGAAGAGAAGGACCCCAAGAGAUUGUUCGAAGGUAACGCACUUCUCCGUCGUCUGGUCAGAAUCGGCGUGUUGGACGAGAAACAGAUGAAACUCGAUUACGUGCUCGGUCUUAAGAUUGAGGACUUCUUGGAGCGCCGUCUGCAGACACAGGUCUUCAAGGCUGGUCUCGCCAAGUCCAUCCAUCACGCUAGGAUCCUCAUCAGACAGAGACACAUUCGCGUCCGCAAGCAAGUAGUGAACAUCCCAUCGUUCAUUGUCCGCCUGGACUCUGGCAAGCACAUUGACUUCUCGCUCAAGUCACCCUUCGGCGGUGGCCGUCCAGGUCGCGUCAAGAGGAAGAACCUCCGCAAGGGACAGGGCGGUGGUGCUACCAACGAUGAAGAGGAGGAUUAGACUAAUAAACUGAUGUUUAUACAUUA